AUGAGGCAGUUCACAGGCGGCCGAGAAAUACUUCGUCCAGCUCCAACUCGAUUCGCCACUAAUUUUAUUGCUUUGCAAAGUAUUUUGGCUCAAAAGGAUGCAUUGAGAGCUAUGGUGACAUCUAGAGAAUGGACAAGUUCAGCUUACUCUAAAGAAGCCAAAGCAAAAAAGUUUGUGGAUCAAGUCUUAGAUUCUAAAUUUUGGAAUCAAUGCACUGAUAUUGUUAAGCUUACGGAGCCACUUGUUCAUGUAUUGCGUAUUGUGGAUAGUGAAGAUAGAGCUGCAAUGGGUUUCCUUUAUCAAGCUAUGUAUAAGGCUAGGGAAGACAUGGUGAAGAGGUUUCAAAAAAGAAAGAGAGUUGUUGAACCUUAUUUGAAGAUUUUAGAUUCACGUUGGGAUUUACAACUUAAAAGAAACCUUCAUGCUGCUGGUUAUUGGUUAAAUCCAGCUUUUCAAUUUAAUUCUGCAGAAUUUGACAAGCACAAAGACACAAUUUCUGGCCUACUAGAUGUGAUUGAGAGGCAUGCUUACGGUGAUGCUGAUUUGAUUACUAAAUUGACAAGUGAGAAGAGAAUAUUUAAGAAUGCUGAAGGAGACUUUGGGAGACAGUCUGCAAUACGUGAGCGAAGCACUGUGAUGCCUGAUCAAUGGUGGGAAUCUUAUGGAUGUGGAGCACCAAACCUGCAAAAGUUAGCAAUUCGUGUUUUGAGUCAAACUUGCAGUUCUUCAGGUUGUGAGCGUAACUGGAGCAUUUUCGAACACAUUCACUCAAAGAAAAGGAAUCGGUUAGAGCAUCAAAAGCUUAAUGAUCUUGUUUAUGUUCAUUACAACUUAAGGCUACAACAAAGGAACCGAAUGAGAAAGCAAAGUUAUGAUCCAAUUUGUCUUGAUGCAUUUGAGGAUCAUUCGGAAUGGAUAAUGGAAGAUUCACCACCAUUUUUAACUCCUGAAGAAGUUGAUGCUUUACGGAAUGAUCUUGCAAAUAUGUCUCUUCAAUCAGCUUGA